CCGAUGCGCCGAGGAGGUACGAGGCCGCCGGGCAACGUCUUGCCAGCUUGCAACCUUGCAUGCUUGAGACUGAGCCGCAUCCGAACAGUGGCCGGUGGCUGCGGGAAUGACGAUCGUCCACGCGUCCAGCUGUGUUCCCGCAUGCCCGCAGCAUUCAUCAUCCAUCUCUCCAUCGCACCUUGCCUCCCACCUCCGGCCGCCGACGCGUCGCAUCGGUCCCCGUCGCUCCGUUCGUUUCGCCACCCAUCACUCGCAUUAGUCGUCUAGUUAGCGACUCGCGCCCCACUUUGCCCCUGCAUCAUCCCCACACCUGCGUUCAUCACACUCCCACUAUCCCACUUGGACACUGUCCACUCCCCUUCCUCCCCCGAAACCAACGACCACCAACAACAACAGCCAACCUAGUCUUUCUCCAAGCACGAUGGGCUUCCAGUCUGAUAUCCGCGACGCGCUGCUCUCACAGCCGAAGAGCUUCAAGAAGAAGAAGGAGUACACCCUCCUCGAGGUGCUGGGGCGCGGCGGCUUCGGCAAGGUCGUCCGCGCCAAAUGGAGUCCGCCGGCAGGCGAGAAGAAGGAGGUCGCAUUGAAGAUCAUACCCAAGAAGCUUGUCAAGGACCCGUCGACAGUGAUGGACGAGAUUAACGUCCUCAAGGACCUGGACAAUGACCAUAUCGUGCACGUCUGGGACCACUUCGAGUCGCGCGACAAGUACUACAUCGCGUUCGAGUUGGCCGUCGGCGGAGAACUCUUUGAGCGGAUCACGAAGGUCGGGCGCUUCACGGAAAACGACGCCGCAGAGUGUAUCCGACAAGUUCUCGAGGCUACGCGAUACCUCCACUCCCGCAACAUCGUGCAUCGCGACCUCAAGCCCGAGAACAUUCUGUACAAGACGCAGGCGGCCGACUCUCCGAUCGUCAUCGCGGACUUCGGGAUCGCCAAGCACCUCGAGACGGACGGAGAGGAGGUCACGAGCAUGGCGGGCAGCAUCGGAUACGCCGCACCAGAGGUGCUGCUCGGAAGGCCGCAUGGGCUUAAGGUGGACAUGUGGAGUAUUGGCGUCAUCUGCUACACUCUCCUCUGCGGCUACUCCCCAUUCCGUUCCGAUGACAAGGAGCAGCUCAUCCGCGAGACGACCCGGGGCAAGGUAGUCUUCCACGAACGCUUCUGGAAGCACGUCAGUGAGACGGCCCGCGACUUUAUCCGCAAGCUCCUUGUCGUGGACCCCAAAGGCCGUCUGUCUGCAAGUGAGGCGCUCGCGCACCCGUGGAUGGCCGGCUCCAGCGGCGACGGCACCGAUCUCUCCGGGAACAUCAGGGACAACUUCAACCCCCGCAAGAAGUGGGCGAACGCGGUGCGCGUUAUCAGCGCCACCCGCAAGUUCCAGAAAGCUGGCAGCGGUGCGCCGACGCCUUUGGACAGUGAUGAGAGCGACGGGGGGUUCAAGACGGCCGAGUCGGAUGACGAGUUGCCAGUGUACAAAACGAAGGAGAGUCUCUCGAGUGUAGCUGGGGCGCUCAAGACAAAGAGCGCAACGGAGGAGGUAGAGAAGGACGUCAAGUCGCUGCGAAUUGAGUAACAUCCUGUCGUCACCCCCCUCCCGCCCCUUGUCCCCUGGCCGUAGACCUGUCCACGAACACAAUGCCAAUGUAUCAGUAUGCUACCUUCUGCAUCAUC